AUGCUCGUCAAGUCUCUCCUCGCCCUCGUGGCCGCCACAGGCGCCAUUGCUGCCCCGGCCGCUGAGGUCUCUUCCUCUUCCCCCUUCCUGUCGCUCGUGGAGCGCUCAACCCCCACCGGCACCGGCACGAACAACGGCUUUUUCUACUCCUUUUACAACUCCGGCUCCACCAGUAGCGUGACGUACAACAACAAGGCGGCGGGCGAGUACAGCGUGGACUGGACGAACUGCGACAACUUUGUUGCCGGCAAGGGAUGGGCAACUGGCAGUGACCGCUCCAUCAAGUAUAGCGGCACAUGGAACGCCGCCAACGUCAACAGCUAUGUCUCCGUCUACGGCUGGACGACAAGCCCUCUCGUCGAGUACUACAUCGUCGAGAGCUUCGGCGACUACAACCCAAGCUCGGGAGCCUCCAAGAUCUCCUCGGUCACCACUGACGGCGACACGUACGACAUCUACAAGACUCAGCGCGUCAACCAGCCCAGUAUCCAGGGCACCGCAACCUUCGACCAGUACUGGUCCGUCCGCCGAACCAAGCGUGUGGGAGGCACCGUCACCACCAAGAACCACUUCGACGCAUGGAAGAAGGCCGGUCUGAGCCUCGGCACCCACAACUACCAGAUCCUCGCGACCGAGGGCUACAAGAGCAGCGGAUCCGCUGACAUCACCGUCUCUGCCGCCUAA